AAUGUGACGCUGUCAUCUUUUGCAGGUAUGUAUCAGGGUAUAAAAAUAGGUUCCAGAAUUUUAUAAGAUAUUUACGUGAAAUGGGUGAUGAGGUAAUGGUUGUGACAACUCAUGAAGGGGUACCUGAGGAGUUCUAUGGAGCAAAAUUGAUUGGAUCACGAAGCUUUCCUUGCCCUUGGUAUCAGAAAGUGCCGCUUUCCUUAGCACUUAGCCCAAGAAUAAUUUCAGAGGUUGCACGGUUUAAGCCUGACAUAAUACAUGCAUCAUCACCUGGGAUAAUGGUUUUCGGUGCUCUUGCCAUUGCUAAGCUACUAUGUGUGCCCAUAGUGAUGUCUUACCACACCCAUGUACCAGUGUAUAUACCCAGAUACACGUUCAGCUGGCUGGUAAAACCUAUGUGGAUGAUCAUAAAAUUUCUCCACAGAGCAGCUGAUCUUACCCUGGUACCAUCAGCUGCCAUUGGGAGGGAUCUCCAAGCAGCUAGGGUGACGGCAGCCAACAGGAUUCGUCUUUGGAAUAAAGGUGUAGAUUCUGAAAGCUUCCACCCUCGUUACCGCUCUCAUGAAAUGCGAGUAAGACUGAGCAAUGGUGAGCCAGAGAAACCAUUGAUAGUCCAUGUUGGACGCCUUGGAGUUGAGAAGAGUUUGGAUUUCCUCAAAAGGGUGAUGGACAGACUUCCUGAUGCAAGAAUUGCUUUUAUAGGAGAUGGCCCAUACAGAGAGGAGCUAGAAGAAAUGUUCUCCGGCAUGCCUGCUGUCUUUACUGGAAUGUUACAAGGUGAAGAGCUAUCUCAGGCUUAUGCAAGUGGGGAUGUUUUUGUGAUGCCUUCAGAAUCCGAGACACUUGGACUUGUUGUCUUGGAGGCCAUGUCUUCAGGAAUCCCUGUGGUUGGAGCUCGUGCUGGAGGAAUCCCGGAUAUCAUUCCUGCAGACGAGGAGGGGAAAACUGGCUUCCUCUUUAGCCCUGGCGACCUUGAUGACUGCUUGAGCAAACUGGAACCUCUGUUAUACAACCAGGAACUGAGAGAAACCAUUGGCAAAGCCGCACGUGAAGAAAUGGAGAAGUAUGACUGGAGAGCAGCCACUAAGAAAAUCCGCAACGAACAAUACAAUGCAGCAAUUUGGUUCUGGAGGAAGAAGAGAGCUCAGCUGUUAAGACCCCUGCAAUGGCUGGCGAAACGUAUUUUCCCAUCACCAGAAGUGAACUACAGAUGAUGCAAUAUUAUAUUCAGACAAUUUGUGCCUUUCGGUAGGGGGAUGUAAAGCUUUGCUUUGGGCUUCAAAGAGGCUCUUCCGUGGUUUGUCUGUCUCUACGAUUGAUUUUGUUGGAUAAUUGAUUUGUUGUUGUGGACAUGAAUUGAUUGGGAUGUUAGUUCAGGUGAAACUAUGAAUGCUUCGAGUUGUCAACCAUUGGAUCUGUUUGUAAACAGAAAAUGGAGAGAUAAAUUGAUCGAUUUAUU